GGACCCCCGAAACGCCACCUCCUCCUCCACCUCCAUUCUUUGUCGUCACAGCUCCCAAAAGCAAGACAAGAAAGAGCACCACCGCCGCCGUGACCCUCCGGCAUCCUCGACGACAAGAACGUCGGAAAAAAACCCACCUCGUCGUCUCUCCUUCCUCGGGUCGGAUCGGUUCGACACAAUGUCGAUCAAGAAGUCGCUGGCCCGGCGUCUCCUCAGCAUGUCCCGAACCGUCUCCUCCUCCUCCUCCCAGGCCCUGGCCAACUGCUCCCGCUCCGCCUCCGCGGCGGCCCCGCGGGCCCCUCCCCGCCGGACCGAGCUCGCCAUCGACCACGAUCCCGGAGACGGCGGCGUCUUCCGGCGGUUCCUCCACCGGAAGGCCGCCCUCUCGCCUGAGGCCCGAAUGAUGGCUCCCCCGCCGACCCCGAUCGGCGAGGGCCUGAUGGAGAGGCUCCGGGCCCUCGACAUUGCGCGGAACAGGAUCCGGAUCUCGGGCCCGAUCCUCCCCGCCCCCCCGCCGCCGCCGAUGGAGCCGGCGGCGGCGGCGGCGGCGGCGGCGGAGGACGACGGGCCCCCGGAGCUGACGGUGGAGGACGCGAGGAAGCUGAUGAGGGUGGCGCGGGUGGAGAUGGUGAAGUCGCGGCUGAGGGAGGCGGGGGAGACGUGGGUUCCGUACCCGGAGCUCGUCCGGAUCUGCGGCGAGGCGUGCUCCGAUCCCGACGAGGGGCUCCGUCUGGCGAGGAGGCUGGACGAGACCGGAAACGUCGUCGUUUUGGGCAAGAUGGUGCUCCUCAGGCCCGAGCUGGUCGGAAAGGCCAUCGAGGGGCUGAUGCCGCCGCCGCCGCGGAGCGCGGAGCUGGAGGCGAUGGAGCGGCGGAAGGCCGGGAUAGACCGGGAGGCCGAGUCCCUGGUCCGCCGGGAGCUCUGGAUGGGCCUCGGCUACCUCGUGGUCCAGACCGCCGGGUUCAUGCGGCUCACCUUCUGGGAGCUCACGUGGGACGUGAUGGAGCCCAUCUGCUUCUACCUCACCUCCGUCUACUUCAUGCUCGGCUACGCCUUCUUCCUCAGGACGUCCCGGGAGCCCUCCUUCGAAGGGUUCUUCCAGAGCCGGUUCGCGGCCAAGCAGGAGAAGCUGAUGCGGGCUCGUGGCUUCGAUGUCCGCAGGUACGACGAGCUGCGGAAAGCCUGUCGGGUGAGCCCGUCGUCGCCCCCGCUGCCCGCCGCCUCGGCAGAUCGUGAGUGGGCACGAGGGGUUCGAUUCUUUGCACCAUUCGACACCGAGAAAAGGGAUGAAGGAGAACCAAAUGUGCAAAAGCAUACAAUUUUGUAACGUGAUGAUGGUGUACUGACCUAUACUAUCAUUAAUAGAAGUAGUGAGACUCAAAAAAUCUUCGAUAAACCCUUUUUCUAAAUAGGGUUAAUCUUUAAAUUGUAAAAAAGGUUCAUCUUUAGUUCUUUGAGCAUUUUAUGGGACAGAUCUUACCAAAAUGGAAAACUAAUUAUGGUUUU